AUGUUGUUCAAGUCUAUUAUUGCCGGUGCGUCGGCUCUUGUCAGCCUGUCUGCUGCUGCUCCUGUAGACAGCCGCGCCUCCUCCAAUGUUAUUGAAGGAAGCUACAUCGUCAAGCUCAAGGACAAUGUUGCUGCCGACGAGCACAUCUCCUGGGUUGCCUACGUUGAGGCCGAUCAAAUCUGGACUCUUGAAGAGAGUGCGGUAAAGAGGGACCUCACGACUCAGGAGAGCGCGCCCUGGGGCCUUGCCGCCAUUUCUCACCGUGAGGCAAAUGCUGCUGGAUAUAUCCACGACACUGCAGCUGGCGCAGGCACCUUUGGCUACGUUGUUGACAGCGGCGUACGAACUACUCACCAGGAGUUUGAGGGCCGGGCAUCAACUGGCUGGACCGGCUACCCCGGCGACGAGAGCGACACCCUCGGCCACGGAACUCACGUCGCCGGUACUGUUGGCGGCAAGACCUUCGGUGUCGCCAAGAAGGCUACUAUCAUUUCCGUCAAGGUCUUCCAGGGCAAAGAAGGAUCCACCAGUAUUGUUCUGGCUGGGUUCGACUGGGCUGUCAACGACAUUAUUUCAAAGGGGCGUCGGGACAAGUCUGCCAUCAACCUCUCGCUCGCCGGUCCAUACUCCAGGGCUUGGAACGAGGCCGUCCGGACUGCCUUCACCAAGGGCGUUCUGAGCAUUGUUGCCGCGGGCAACGCCCAGGCUGACGCCGGAAACUACUCGCCUGCCUCUGCACCCAAUGCUGUCACCGUCGGCGCCGUGAACCAGAACUGGGGAAUCGUCACGGACUGGCCCGUUGGCCAAGGCUCCAACUACGGCACCGUCCUGGACAUCUUUGCCCCAGGCGACAAUAUUCUGUCUGCGGGAUUCAACAGCGACUCUGAGUCCAGGUUUGACUCUGGUACCUCGAUGGCCGCGCCCCAUGUUACCGGCCUGGCUCUCUACGCCAUAUCUGUAGACGGCGUCCGAGGCGCCAAGGCUGUCACUGACCAUCUCAUCAAGAACUCUGGCAAGGGCGUCGUUACAGGACCCUUGCGCGGUUCCCCAAAUCGCUUUGCAAAUAACGGCAAUCCCAGUCAAUAA